ACUCGCGCUCCAAACUUCUGUUUCUCACUCUUCACAUUCUCUCUCUCUCUUCAGUUAAGCGCCAUGCCAGAGCCCUGUGAUCUGCAAGUUCUUGUCAAUGGCCAUUCCACAUUCUUUGUAAAUAAGAGGAUAAUCUCAUCAUACUCAGGCCGAUUCAGAAAGCUUCUAAAUCAAGAAAGAGAAACACUGACCCUAAAUCCCAUCAUCAAGAUCAACGAUAUACCAGGUGGCGCCCAUGGCUUCGAGCUGGCAUCAAGGUUCUGCUACAACAAUGGCAAAAUCCACAUCUCAACAAAGAACGUUGCCCUCCUCUUCUGUAUCUCUAUCGCCAUGGAAAUGAACUCGAAGCUCUCAUCCUUUAACCUACUGAACCAGACACAAACCUUUCUCCAAGGCCUCUUUUACUGGACCUUCAACGACACCUUAGCGGCGUUAAAGCAAUGCGAAUCCUUCGUCAGUGUUGCGGACUCGUCAGGCCUCCUAGACAAGCUCAUUGACUCGCUCCUGAACCGAAUCGCAGUCAACUCCGAUGGAAUGUUCCCACACCAUUACGGAAAACCGCUUUCUUCUUCUUCUUCCUCCUCUGCUUCGUCUUCACCUGAUAUAUCCGGUUUCCGGUUUUCCCCUGACGUUACGAAACGGGGGUCGAGGCCGUGGUGGUUUGAUGACCUAACGGCGUUAAGCCCCGUUAUAAUCCAACGGUUGUCAGUUACCAUGAGGCGUAACGGCGUGGAUUCUCUGUUACUUUCCCGCUUUCUACUCCAUUACCUAAGGUAUGCCGUACUGACACGAGGCAGUUCCGGAUCGAUAGAAGGUUACAGCGGUAUUAGCGAAAUUGCUGUUUCAGGGGUGGUUUUGAGGAAAAGCGGUUUUUCUUGCAGGGGUUUAUUUGGGGUUUUAAGGGUCGUUUCUGGUUUUGAGGGUAACAAGGAUUGCAGGCAAAAGGUAGAGGAAUUAAUCGGUUCCAUGCUUGAUCAAGCCACUCUGGAUGACAUUUUGGUCUCUGGUUUUGUGAAACCGAGUGGUUUCAACAAAAGUGGUAUUGGAAAAUCCGGUGGCUUUUAUGAUGUGAGCCUGGUUCUGAGGCUGGUUAGGGUUUUCUUGGGUAGUAAUGGAGAGGGUUCGGAUAUGGAUAGGGUGAAGAGAGUGGGGAGGUUGGUUGACAAAUAUUUGGUCCAAAUUGCCCCUGACCCAAGCCUGAAGGUCUCUAAGUUUGUGGCCCUGGUGGUGAGCUUACCUGAUUAUGCCAGGGACUCUCAUGAUGGGGUUUAUGCUGCCAUUGACAUGUACCUUCAGGCUCACCAGGGGCUAUCAUCAGAGGACCGUGCAAAGCUCUGCAAGUCCCUGAAUUUUGAGAAGCUCUCUCAUGGAGCUUGUAGGCACCUCGCCCACAACCCCAAUUUUCCCCCACGUUUGGCCAUUCAAGCUCUCGUCUCGCGCCAAUCCAGCCCCCAAUUACACAGAAAAACACAGUCCUCUCCUUGUUCACCUCUGAACCGACCACAAAAGAAGGAAGAGGUCAAGGCAAGUGUUGAUAGGAUGAAGAGGAGGGUGGUGGAGCUGGAGAAGGCUUGCAGAGAGAUGCAGAGCCAGAUGCCUAAGCUCUCAAGGAACACCAAGCUCACUUCUCCCUUGACAAACACCAUGCUCUUCUCUAAGCUCUGCUUAUGACCUCUCUCGCUCUCUCUCUCUCUCAUCAUCAAAGAAAUGUUUAUUUUUCUACUUUUUAACCCUCUCUCUCUCAUCAAAGAAGCUUUACUUUUUCUAGUUCUUUUCCUGUUUCAAAUUCAAUUUUCUCUCAUCGUGAUUUUUAACUAAUCCCUUGCCCAUAUGCUCUGUUCUCGUGGGAACAGCCACCUUCCUUUUGCGACCUUUCUCUUGGUUUUCAGGAAUUGUUUUGGGUGGGAUUUUAGCCCUUUUCACAUCACCAUGUCCGGGAUGGGGUUUAGUAGAUCAUAGGAUGAAAAAUGAAAAAUGAAAAAAGAAAAACCUGUUCUCUUUUUUUUUUAAGUAAUUUGUAUGAUAUAUGUGUAUAUGAUGAGAUAAGCUGUUUGUCUUUGUUUUUGUAUGCGAGACUUUUUCUUUGGAUUCAAGGAAAAUUACUGUGUAGCAGAUAAUUUU